AUGGCGAAACCCGACAGAUAUGCCUCCCCAGACGAUGGCUCUAAACUAAAUCAGCUGAUAGGGGAGCGCAAUAGGCUAAUCACUGAGUUAUACUGCGUUUCGCGGAUACAAGAUUUCCUGCACAUCACCGACGAGCAACUGCUAGCAUCCCAGAUCAAUGAAUUUUUAGACUUACACGACAUUCGGAAGGGCUACCGUUUUGAUUCUAAUUCUCUUCCGAGAUUCACUCAAUCAGAUCCCCCAUCCGAAAAGAAGCCAGCCAAGAGUAAAAGUAGCACGCCAGUGGACAACACAAAACGAGAUAGAGAGUAUGGCCGCCAUGACAAAGAUGACAACCGAAGAGCUCCUGAAGGUGACAAAGAAUCUGCAAAAGAUGGGAGAGGUAUACUGGUACGAGAUGUUCGUAGUAAAUCCUACACAUCGCCGCAUUCGCAGAAAAAGGAGGACGGCGUUGGCAGUGAGAUGUCGAAUGUCAACCAAAGUGGGACACACGGGGAAACUCACGAAACUUAUGGGCAAUCUGAUAUGAAAAGACUGCGAGAGGAUGAAAUCACACCGCGGAUGAUAGAAGAGCAGUGUAGAGUUCCAGAGUCUCAACUAGUUAGUCCCUCUAGCACUCCCUCAGUCCCCUAUAAUGUCGCGAAGCGCCAAAAGCUGAGUAUUCUCUCCGCAGAGAGAAAAGAAAAUCGUCGAAAGCCAUCGAGGCGCACAAAUUACUUGAUAAGACAAUUGAGACACGAGCCUGAUGAGGGGCAGAAGCUCUUUGAUCAAAACAAUCUUAAUGCCAGAGAGAGCGUUUAUUUGGUCAUGAAGGAGAAUAUCCCUUCAAUAAUCCCUCAAGCUACCCCUCUUUCCGAGCUCAAAUUCAACUCUCAGACACUACCACUUAUCAAAUUGAUUCCUGCAGCACAUAAAGUACUCACGUCAGAAAUAAUGAACUCAGCAUUAAAUGAAUGCAGAAUUGCGGUUGUUAGCUCACGAAUUGAGGAGCUGCGUAGAUCAGGUUUAUGGUCUCUGAGACAGCCAAAAAAAUUUCUAGACCCGUGGGACCAAUUGAAAGAUGUUGAAACCCAUUGGGGUACGCUGUUAGAGGAAGCCAAAUGGCUUUUUUACGACUUUGAUGAAUUUAACAAAUAUAAAAGAGCUGCAUGCUUCACCAUGGCGCAGGCCGUCAUGGAUUUCUGGAACUAUGGCCAAGUGUGUUGCAUAAGGAGAGCGCCAAUUAAGCAUAUUGAAACUGAACAAGACAGUUCAAAAAUAGCAUCAGAAACGACAGAAGAGAACUGUGAUACUAAGGAAGCUCCACUGCAGGUCUGCGAGGCUGACUUCUCUUUAUAUCCACAUAGGGAUACGACCAACGAGUCAGUCAAUGUUGAACUACUGCUAAAAAGACCUGAUCCAUCCCAGGAGAUUCCUGCCCUUGAUAUCCCAACAGUAAAUACAGAGGUUUAUGCUGAAGAUAUCAAAAAGAGAACUUCUCCUUUCAAGUUGCAUAUUUCCUUCGAUGAUUUCGGCCUUGUUGAAAGAAAAAUUUUGGACGAUGUUCCGAUCUAUUCAGGCAUCACAAAUAAAGAGGCAUCUGAUAAUGAAAGGAGCAACAUUUGUUUUGAACCCAUAUCCAAAUCUACAGUGCUGUUGGAUGAUGAUCACUAUCUCAAAAUAGCCGAAAGACAGAUAAUAGAGGAGGAGCCAUCGUUGAUUCCAUUCAGCAAAAGACGCGGCAUGUUUUACGGGAAUAGACGAAGCCAUUAUUUACGUCCACCGAUUGCUCCUUCGCUAAGAUAUUUGCGGUGCCGAACUCCGACUAUCUGGUUACCUCAGGACGAUCAGAAUCUUGUGAAGAAUAUUAACACGUAUGCCUAUAACUGGGAACUUAUUAGCGCUCAUAUGUCUUCGAGAUCAACGAGGUCAUAUUGCUCUAAUAUCGAGCGACGUACGCCUUGGCAAUGUUUUGAACGCUUUAUCCAGCUCAACGAGAAAUUUCAGUUCAUUGACAUGAAGGGACCUCGGGCUCAUAAUGCCCAACUAUGGUUGAUAGAAGCUCACAAAUUACAACAGCAGCAAAAGAGGCGAAUUUCUCCAUUGGGUGUUGGCGAAGAAUCGAUCCAAAGAGGGCACAAGCGAUUACGAUGGGCGAGUAUGUUUGAAGCCAUGAGAAAAUGCAUCAAGAAAAGAGAAAAUGCACCUCGACCCAAUCCAGCACAACCGAGAAAACCUCUUGACUGCAAAAAUACAACUGUCCCAACUCCGGCGGAAAUGUCGCAGUUGAAAGCUCAACGUGACGAUGCCCUUCGUAGAGAUAUUCAGAUGAGGAGGCUAGCCAAACAGAAACUUCAAGCUGCUGCUAUGAGUCAAGUUGUUAGUAAUUCUUUAGGACCUCCGCCACAGAGCUCACCAUCAUCAGUUCAGAGACGCCCGGCCAAUAAUGGGCUCGGGCCGGGCCGUAUUAACUCAGCUGAUAGCAAUAUGAGAGUAACGACUCAAAUACCGAAACAAUCGCCAGUGAAGCAAUACCCGAAGGCUUUCGAAAAUGAAUAUAAAGUUCCAGUUUCAAGGCAGAAGCAAACUAACAAACCAGCACAAUCUCAUGGUGAGAAAUUAAACAAAGAGCUGUCAACUGAAAAGAUCGUUUCACCGACACCACAAGAAAUUUUACAAAAGCUACAGGGUAAAUAA